AUGUGGCUCAUCAACGUCGAUACCCUUCAGCUGGAGGAGUUCAUCGAGCCAGAUUUUCCUUAUGCUAUCCUCUCUCAUACCUGGGCUAGCGAAGAAGUGUCCUUCCAGGAACUCAAAAACCAAAGAGACGACAAUGUAUGGAGAAAGUCCGGUUACCACAAGAUUUACAACACAUGCCGAGUGGCCAAAUCCCUCGACUUGGGUUACGUAUGGGUCGACACUUGCUGCAUCGACAAAGCAUCCAGCGCUGAGCUAUCCGAGGCUAUCAACUCAAUGUUCCGCUGGUACAACCGGUCAUGGAUCUGUUUCGCCUACCUCUCGGAUGUGAAUGACCUGGCUGGCUCGGCCACAUUACUCGAAAACUUGAGGGCUUCUCGGUGGUUCACCCGGGGCUGGACUCUUCAAGAGCUGAUUGCGCCAAAGGUCGUCACUUUUUACAAUGCGUCCUGGCAGCUACUUGGUUCAAAGGAUACUUUGUCGCCCUUCCUAUCGUCCAUCACAGGCAUCGACGAGGCCAUCCUUAUUGGCAAGGCUCCUCUACUCAAGGUCCCCGUUGCAACCCGCAUGUCUUGGGCCUCGAAACGCCAGACUACUCGAACCGAAGACUCUGCCUAUUGCCUACUAGGUAUUUUUGAUAUCAACAUGCCUUUGCUGUACGGCGAAGGCGAGAAAGCCUUUGCCCGGCUGCAGUCUGAGAUCCUGCAAGAAACAAACGAUCUGUCUCUACUUGCCUGGACCUCAUCGGCCACGGAUCCAGAACGACAAGAAAAAUACAGCGGGCUGCUUGCAAAGUCACCGUCCAACUUUAUCGCAUGCUCAAAUCUGAAGCUGAUCAACAACAUGAGUCUGUCUGAAGACUUUGAAGUUGGCGUGACCAGGACGAAGUUCUCAAUCAAAACCAUGCUCUGGUUUAUAGAUGGCCUCGGCGACAAUGCCGGCACUCGGGAUGAAGCAGGAUACGUGCUACCGCUACCUUACAGUUUUCUGAAUCCAGAUUUACCUAAGCCGACGUCUUCAAGAAGCUACCACGACGGCAAUUCCAUUCCAAUCGGUGUCAUGAUUGCCAAAACAUCCUCCGGGUUUGUGCGUUAUAACCCCUGGAGUUUAAUCGCACAGUUUCACAGCAUAGAAGGCCGUUCAGCACCAAGCCUUCCAGAGAUACAGGCUUUGAAUACGUGGCUUUACGACCAGAAAGCCAAACCCCUCAAGCUAGUACGUCAGUUCACUUCCGAAGCGGCCUUGGAAUUGCAGAGUACUAGGUUGAAGAACGCAAUAUUCGUUUCUAUCGAUGCCCAGCUCCUAAACGAGGGUCCAUUCGAGACUCUCCUUGCACAACCUCAGGCGUUAUGGGAUCGCCUGAAUCGAGUAUUUCUCGACAAAGCCAAGCAGGAAGCAGUUGUCGGCAUGAUGGAAGCUCGUUUUUUACAAUUUUCUCUUCUUUCGGGCGAAAAAGUUUUACUCGUUUGCGCCAUUACCGAGGGCCUCGAAAUUAGACCCCGCCUAUGCUGGGCAGCUUUGCUGAACUACGAAGAAGAUGAGAUGGGUAGAUGGAUGAUCGACCAACUUGGCAAGUGGGAUGAAACAUCAGCCUCGUACGCAACUGCCCGACACAUGUUGAAUUUGAUUGUAGAGCGAAGGGGAUACGAAACAUACCCUUCCUGGCCGGCUUUACAACUAUGCCCAAUAAAGUACUUUGCGACAAGCAUGACUCCGGCUUCGCGCACCAUCCGGCUGUCUGACGGUACGGAGGAAGAGGUCACAGUCAGCAUCAUUCCUCAUGACGCAGCCGAAGGCGCCUGCGAGGUCAUUGUUUCGUUCAAGAAGGAAUCUCAACUAUCUCCCGGGAACAGCUCAGACGCCAUUGUCGAUUAA